AUGGUAACAGAGAAUCAGAACACAAGUUCCCAAUGGACUUGGGAACAAAACAAAGCAUUUGAGAAAGCCUUAGUUUCUUUCAUAAAUGAUAAGAACUGGGAAAAGCUUGCUGCUGAGAUUCCUGGGAAAACCAUUGAAGAUGUUCGUUGCCACUUGAAUUUAUUAUUCAAAGACAUUGAAAGUAUUGAAUCUGGACUUGUUCCCUUCCCUAAUUACAUCUCUUCUCCUUCUUCCUCUUCUUCUUCCUCUUCCUCUUCAAGUGAUGGAGCAAAUACAUUGAAACCGAAAAGAGAAAGAAGGAAAGGAAAGCUAUGGAGCAGGCAGGAACAUAUGUUAUUUCUUUACGGAUUGCAUGCAUAUGGAAAAGGUGAUUGGCGUAGCAUUUCAAGAAACUGUGUGGUAACAAGAACACCAACACAAGUAGCAAGCCAUGCACAAAAGUAUUUUACUAGACAAAACUCAGUGAAGAAGGACCGAAGACGAUCGAGUAUUCAUGAUAUCACACACGUGGACGGUGGAGAUAUGUUGGCUUAUCAAGGAACAAUCUCAAGCCAAACAACAACAACAGAUGUGCCUUUUGCUUUUGUUGCAUCAAGUAGUCCACAUUUUAGCUUAUUGUAGUUGAAA